AUGUAUCAGGCUGUAUGUACCUUCGCGCCGAAUAUAUAUUCGAGACGUGGGCAUAAACCAGGUCAGGAGGGAGCGGUGGGGAACAGGCUCUUACGAGCAGCGGAGGUUUCGAAGGCUAAGAUUGAGGAGAAGAGGAAAGCUAUUGAAUCAGCCAGAAUGAGAGAGGCCACCUUUGCGCCCAAAAUCACGCCCUACCCCUCUAACAAAAACAGAGACCCGACAGGCGUUCGACAGAGAGCAGGCACCCGUCAGUCGCCGAGUAUCCAAGGAAUGUAUGGUAAGGAUGGUAUGGCCGCAAAACAAUGCCAUGCUGAAGAGGCCUUCAAAGGCACUCCUCCUGUCGGUCCCGAUAGAGCCCCGAUGCAGGGGGGUGACAGUGCUGGUGUGGUCUCGCAUACGAGGCAAUCAGCGAGUAGACAGUCGCCCGACCGGGCAACAAUCAAUAGGUGA